CUAGUGUGGCCACAAGAAGAAUACAUAGUGGAGUAUUCACUAGAAUAUGGAUUUCUCCGUCUCUCUCAAAGCACACGGCAGAGACUCAACAUCCCUGUUAUGGUGGUGACACUUGACCCAACGCGAGACUUGUGCUUUGGGGACAGAUUUAGCCGUUUUCUGCUAGAUGAAUUUCUUGGGUAUGAUGAUAUUCUUAUGUCAAGUGUGAAAGCUUUGGCAGAAAACGAGGAGAAUAAAGGUUUCCUAAGAAAUGUGGUGUCAGGAGAACAUUAUCGAUUUGUCAGUAUGUGGAUGGCUCGGACUUCAUAUCUUGCUGCCUUUGUCAUCAUGGUUAUAUUUACUCUCUCAGUCUCCAUGCUCCUACGGUAUUCUCAUCAUCAAAUAUUUGUCUUCAUUGUUGACCUUCUGCAGAUGUUGGAGAUGAAUAUGAGUAUUGCAUUCCCAGCAGCUCCAUUGCUCACUGUGAUCCUGGCACUUGUAGGAAUGGAAGCCAUUAUGUCUGAAUUUUUCAAUGACACAACUACAGCCUUCUACAUUAUUCUUAUCGUGUGGCUUGCUGAUCAGUAUGAUGCUAUUUGCUGCCACACUAACACCAGCAAAAGGCAUUGGCUCAGAUUUUUCUACUUGUAUCACUUUGCAUUUUAUGCCUACCACUAUCGCUUCAAUGGACAGUACAGCAGCCUGGCACUUGUGACAUCCUGGCUUUUCAUCCAGCAUUCAAUGAUCUAUUUUUUCCAUCACUAUGAACUCCCUGCAAUCCUCCAGCAGAUUCGGAUUCAGGAAAUGCUCCUUCAGAACCAGCAGGCAGGUCAGAACCAGACAAGCCUUCAAGAUAACCUAAAUAACAAUACUGCAUCUGAGCCAUCCAUUGUAAACCCCCCGCCUGCUCCUGGACUUGCCCUUCAACCGACUACAUCUAGUUUGGGUGCUGUAGGUGUGAUUUUAACGGAUCCUAACUCCGGCGUGGGCAGUGCCGAAACAUCACCUAUAGAAGUUGGUACACCUCGUAUAGCUCCACAGUCUGAAGAGUCAACUAUGGAAGCUGCUUGCAGUGAACUCCUUGAACAAAGUACUGCAGAAGUGACACAGACUGGGGAUCCUCCUCCCAGGUUGCCUACUGCUACACCUGGAAACAGCCCUCACAAACUGACUGAACCCAAAGUGGAGAAUGGAUCCCUUCCCUCAGACUGUAACCCAGGAUUUUUAGAUACCAGCCUUGAUAAUUCAGAGCAAAGCAAUCUCUCAUCAGGGCUGCUAACAGAAGCUAGUGCUCCACAGCCAAAUGCACAUGAUACAGAGCAUAUUGCUGUGGACUCCUGA